UUUUUUUUACUGUCUGGUCUGUACUAGACUGUAAACAAAACAUAGUUUGGGAAAUGAAUAGACAGAGUUGAAGUGAAAUAGCGUGUUAGAGUCUUAGUGAUAGUGAAUAAUUAUAACAAAUUCAUGUAACACCAAAUUAUUUUGAUGUAUAUACUAUAGUAUUAUAGUCCAGGCCUAAAUAUUUUCGAAUUUCAAUAACUCACAUUGUGACUCUAGGGAUUGUUUUGUCAAAUUCUACUGUACCUUUACCUCAGUGUAAACACUGUAAACAUGUCUGUUGAAAGAAAACGAUUUGAUUGUUCAGCUUUACCUAAAGGAUGGCAAAGAGAAGAAGUGAUGAGGAAAAACGGUCUUUCUGCAGGAAAAGUCGACGUUUAUUAUUACAGCCCGGACGGAAGGAAGGUGCGCAGCAAGCCUCAACUCGCUCGAUGUUUGGGAGACGUCAUAGACUAUGGGUCGUUUGACUUCCGCAGCGGCAAGGUCAAUAACCUACUUCUGCGGAAGCAGAGAAAACAAAGGUCUUCUCAAGUAGAAUACAGCCGAGGUGUUAGGACAGAUGCUUCCCUGGUGCCACCGAUUCGCCAGACUGCAUCUAUCUUCAAACAGCCGGUAACAGUGUACAAGACACAGGAAGGGAAAGUAAAGACUGAUUUCAAGCAUGGUCCACAAGAGAAACCCAAGCAGUUGUUCUGGGAGAAGCGGCUGGAGGGGUUACGAGCGUGUGACACGGACGGUCACGAGCUGAGGGCCAUGGAGUUGCCGAGGGGACUGAAAGCAGUGGGUCCCCACGUGAACGAGGAGACACUGCUGCAGUCCGUGGCCACGGCACUCCACGUGUCCAGUCAGCCCAUCACCGGCCAGACGGGCUCGAGAACCUCCCUCGACAAGAACCCCGGGGUCUACAUCAACCCUGACCAACCCCUCGUGCAGGCUCUGUCUGUAGGAGACGAAGACAUCAAGAGACAAGAGGACAGGGUUCACUCAGCCAGACUGAAGUUACAGGAGGCCAUCAAGGGGAUGCUGGCGUAGUGCUUGGUUUGGGGUCUUCCCUCUAGGGGUACAGCCGACUGGGGUACAGAAUAUAUCUUGAGAUUCAACCACUCCAAACUCUACCAUGAGUCAAUUUUGAUAUGGAAUUUGUGAGUCUACUUCAAAUGUAUUGAAAAA